UCAAACCGAACCCAUCUUCUAGACUCUCUCUCCUCUCUCUCUCUCUCUCUUCUCUCAUCUCCGGCCGGCUGUCCCCUUCUUCCCGACGACUUCCGCCUCCGCACUUCUUGCCGGCGGCCUCCUCCUCCUUCCUUCCUUCCUUCGCCUCUCGAUUACAUUUCCAUCCGAGUCAUAAUAGAUGGCGGUUUCGUUAAACAUAGAUUGAAUUAAGACGCAGCUAUAAGAAGUGGCGCAUUUAAUUGACGGAUAUUUCUUUAUGUAAAGAAUAAACGUUGCUAUUUCCUCUUUGCGCGUCCAAAAAGAUAGAGUUGGAGAUACUGUGGUGAUAAUAUAUAUUAUAAAGAACUUCGUCAAUGGUUGAUAAAACUGAUAAUGAGGUUAGCAAGCAGCAAAAGUAUUCAGAAGAUCAGCUCUGUCCAUCUCCUAAGACAGGAACUUGUCAACCUGGAAUUGCGACCUCAAAUAUACCAUUUGUAAUCCCUCCUCAGCAGAUUGGAGCAGGAAAUGUUCUGGGUCAUGGUGCCUACUCGUAUCCAGAUCCUUACUACAGAAGCAUAUUUUCUUCUUGCAGCCCACAGCCAUAUUCUCUACAGUCGUGUCCAGUGCCAUCGAUGGUUCAUCUUCAGCUGAUGGGAAUCCAGCAAGCUGGUGUUCCAUUGCCAUCGGAUGCAGUUGAGGAGCCUGUUUUUGUAAAUGCUAAACAGUAUCAUGGCAUAAUGAGGCGCAGACAAUCUCGCUUGAAAGCCGAGGCAGAGAACAAAGCUCUCAAGGCUAAAAAGCCAUAUUUGCAUGAAUCUCGACACCAACAUGCUUUGAGAAGACCUAGAGGUUGUGGAGGGCGUUUUGUGAAUACAAAGAAGACAGACAAUAUGCAAAAAGACGGAACGCCUCCUCCUCCUGAUAAUGCAACAAUACCGAAGUCCAAUAAAAACGGGCUUGUAAUAUCAGAAAGUACGACAAACUCUUCUUAAGCAAGGGGAAAGGAACACAAGUAGAAAAAAUAGACAAAAUGGGCAGUAAGUUAAGUUCGAGUAAUUAACUAAUGAUGAUAAAUCUGUGGCGUUUGUAUUUUAUUAGUAGAGAGUUGAUAUAAGUUGUGUUAAUUUGUGUGCUUUUAGGUUCUUAAGAGAGUAUCAGAUUAUUGUUGUAUAGAUUGAAGAAUUUGUUGACUUUAAACACUUAGAAGAUUGGUAUCUCAUAAUCAUC